AUGUUCGAACAACAAUGUGGCGGAGCGACAAAGCCUGGCCAGUUAACAGGUGAAAUCGUGUCACCCGGGUAUCCAGACACGUACCCACGUAAUGUUACAUGUUAUUGGCUAAUUCGGGUUGAACCACGACAACGAGUUUACAUACGUUUAGCACAUUUACAUCUUUCUGCUACCAUAGCUGAAUGCGAGCGAGCAUCGUUAUCGAUCAUUGACGGGUACAAACAUGAAGGAAGGGCUAUAAAAAAGGUUAAUCCCUUAAAAUAAUU